AUGUCUGCGGUGAUGAUCGCAAAGAAGGUGCGCAAAUGGGAGAAGCUUCCAGGCAAAAACACCUUCUGCUGCGAUGGGAGGGUCAUGAUGGCCCGACAGAAAGGAGUCUUCUACCUCACACUCUUCCUCAUCGUGGGCACCUGCUCCCUCUUCUUCGCAUUUGAGUGUCCAUACCUGGCUGUCCACCUGUCUCCAGCCAUCCCAGUGUUCGCCGCCGUCCUCUUCCUCUUCGUCAUGGCCAUGCUGCUCAGAACCAGCUUCAGCGACCCGGGGGUGCUGCCGCGAGCUCUGCCAGACGAAGCCACGUUUAUUGAGAUGGAGAUUGAGGCAGCCAAUGGAAACGUGCCAGCGGGUCAGCGCGCCCCCCCUCGAAUCCGCAACGUCCAAAUCAACAACCAGAUCGUCAAACUGAAGUACUGCUACACCUGCAAGAUCUUCAGACCCCCGCGGGCCUCGCACUGCAGCAUCUGUGACAACUGCGUCGACCGCUUCGACCAUCACUGUCCGUGGGUCGGUAACUGUGUGGGAAAGAGGAACUACAGAUACUUCUACAUGUUCACACUGUCGCUGUCACUGCUCACCGUCUACAUCUUCACCUUCAACAUCGUCCACGUGGCCAUGCGCUCCGUGGUCAGCGGCUUCCUGAACACCUUGAAGGACACACCUGGAACGGUGAUCGAGUUGUUGGUUUGCUUCUUCACCCUGUGGUCAGUGGUGGGACUGACCGGCUUCCACACGUACCUGAUCUCUCUGAACCAGACCACCAACGAGGACAUCAAAGGCUCCUGGUCUGGGAAGAACCGCCUCCAGAAUCCAUACAGCCACAAGAACAUCAUCAAAAACUGUUGCGAGGUGCUCUGUGGGCCCACAUUUCCAAGUGUGUUGGACCGAAGAGGUGUGAUGCAGGACGAGGCGCCCGCUCCUACCUCCACCAACGACGCUGCACCACAGACCACAAAAACCACAGCUCCUCUCAUCCCAAAUGAACACGCGCCUGACGAAGCCAAGGCCGGUGCUGGCUCAGCAGAAGAGAAGAACCACUCUCCCAAAGAGGAGCUCCCGCCCACUGCCAAGCUGCCUCCGCUGGCCUCCCCAGAGACUGACGCUGAGCCUUCCAUUGCCAAGGACAAACCCCAUUAA